AUGGUUGCAGAAUCUGAGUGGGAAAUGGCUCCUCGAUUAGAAUCUGGAAAGACCUUUGGCUUUCUAACUCCAACCAAGGUUUUGUCACUUCAGAACCACGCACAGGGAGUGAAGAUGCCACUUCGCUCAACUUAUUAUAGCAGGAAGGGUGCUUACUCGGUUAGAAGUGGAUAUAAUCUAUUGAUGGAAGAUUCUUUUUUACACUCUCACACUAGUAUGGAGAGCUUCUGGAACAAUCUAUGGAGAUGUAUUGUUGAUCCACUUAUCGCAGAAACUUUGGGGGUUCGUGAGGCCCUCUCUUGGAUUAAAUCUAAUUUCUCCGGAGUCCAAACCAUUGAAAUGGAUGCUCUCUUGGUUUAUAGUGCUCUACAGAAUGAUGGAGUUGACAACUCUUAUCUUGGUAUCCUAAUUGAAGAGUGUCGUCUUAUUGCUAGAGAAAUGUCGAACCUCAAGUUCAAUUGGGUUAGGAAAUCGGCUAACAAAGUAGCUCACACACUAGCUAAGGCCGCUAGUUCACUACAUGAUAUUGUUGAUUGGUCUUAUUUUCCGCCUUCUUUUAUUUCAAAUGUUGCCGAUUUGAUGAAUGAAUAA